AUGCUAGCCAAGAUGAAGCAGGAAGAGAUCACCGACAACAUUCUAGCUAGAAUGAAGCAGGAGGAAGACACCCACGACUUCGAAAAGGGCGUCUUCGACAACACCAAGUUCUACGACUACGAGUUCCACGACCCCCAGCCCACAAUCGUUCUGCCUCCCAACUACCCCUUCCGCACUACCGCGACUGGCUACCCUAUCUUCCGCCGCCGCACCCAGAUGCCCCGCCGCGCAUCGAUGACUACCGCGCAAGGCUUCGAGGACCCGCGCAUCACGGCCUUCAUCGACCAUUGGACUAAGAUCUACGAGGGUAUCGGUCACGACCCGUUCAGUCGUGCGGAAGGCUACUUCCAACUGCAGCUCGCGUGCGAGGUGCGCGGCUUGGUCACGUAUGGCACGAUGGACAAGCUGGUGGUGCGGCUGGUGGAUCGAGCGCUUAGGGAUGCGGCGCGUGGAUGGAUGGAGAUCACCGACAAGGUGGGGAGGGUGAGGAUGCUCGAGGCGCCUGCGGCCCCGGCGGUGGUUGCUGAGUCCGAGUCUGAGUCGGAGCUGUGGUGGCCGGGCCUUUCGUAUGAUGACUGA